AUGGCCUCGACCAAGACGUCAACGUCAAGAAUAGGUGAAGAGACAUGGAAAACGAAAGUCGACAAAGUCAACGCCGAGCUCGUGACGCUGACAUACGGCACGAUCGUCGCGCAACUCUGCGACGACUACGACAGCGACUAUGCGGAAGUAAACAAGCAGCUGGAUAAGAUGGGAUAUAACAUCGGCAUGCGGCUGAUUGAGGACUUCCUCGCCAGGUCAGAUACCGGCCGCUGUGCGAAUUUCAGAGAGACGGCGGAUAUGAUUUCGAAGGUUGGAUUCAAAAUAUUCCUCAACAUCACGCCGACAAUCACGAACUGGACGAGCGAUAACAAAUCCUUCUCUCUGGUGUUCGAUGAGAACCCGCUUGCGGACUUUGUGGAGUUGCCUGAUGACGGGCGGGCACAGGAUGAGUUGUGGUUUUCGAAUAUUCUAUGUGGCGUGUUACGAGGGGCGUUGGAGAUGGUUCAAAUGCAAGUUGAGGCGCAUUUUGUGAGUGAUGUGCUGCGCGGAAAUGAUACGACGGAGAUGCGGGUGUCGUUAGUCCGGUAUCUCGAGGACGAGUUGCCGCCAGACGACGAAUGA